AUGGGGUGUUGCGCGAGCAAUACAGCAGGAGGUUCGAAAGCUAAUCGGGUCUCGCGGUGGCGAUCCACCGGAAUUGUUGGGCUACGCGACGCGAAAUUGAAGACAUUUCCUGAUGAAGUGAUUGAAAUGGAGAGAGCAGUACGAACACUCGAUCUAACACACAAUAAGAUCUCUGAUGUUCCUGGAGAAAUCAGCAAGUUAAUCAAUAUGCAGCGUCUGUUAAUAGCUGAUAAUCUAGUUGAACGACUUCCUGGGAAUCUUGGGAAACUUCAAUCUCUCAAAGUUUUGAUGCUUGAUGGAAACCGCAUCAGCUGUUUGCCUGAUGAAUUGGGUCAGUUGGUAAGGCUUGAACAACUAUCAAUCUCAAGAAAUAUGCUCAUAUACUUGCCCGAUACUAUUGGUAGUCUGCGCAAUCUAGUGCUGUUGAAUGUCUCAAAUAACAGAUUGAAAUCCCUUCCAGAAUCAGUUGGGAGCUGUGCUUCUUUAGAAGAAUUACAAGCUAAUGAUAACGCUGUUGAAGAGCUCCCUGCGUCACUCUGCAAUCUAAUUCAGUUGAAAUCGCUGUGCUUAGACAAUAAUAAAGUGAACCAGAUCCCAGAUGGAUUGCUAAAAGACUGUAAGAGUCUGCAGAAUCUUUCCUUGCAUAACAAUCCCAUUUCCAUGGAUCAGUUUCAGAUGAUGGAAGGAUACCAAGAAUUUGAAGAGAGGAGAAAGAAGAAAUUUGAUAAGCAGAUCGAUUCAAAUGUGAUGAUCAGCUCUAAAGGACUCGAUGUAGGCGUUGAUAAAUGA